UCUGUCAUGCGUCUGUCACACGUUUAACCUCACUUCCUGGAAAUGUCAAAAGUCAGAAUAUGGAAAGUAAAUAAAAAUCAAAAAUUUAGAAACUGAAAAAACAUGAACGAUGUAGUAUCACGUCUCUUUAUUGAUUCUUUAUAAAUGAUACAUAAAAAUGAGUUGUCCCGGCUGGUAUUGUGGAAAAGUGUUAUCGUUUGAUGGUGAAAUCGGUGAUUGUGGCCCCUGCCCCAGGGGUUUCAGGAGAAAUGACACAACUUUUAUCUGCGAACCAUGUACUGACUCUCCGGCCUUAUACGACUGGUUAUAUCUAGGAUUCAUGGUGCUACUCAUGCUCAUUUUACAUUGGUUUUCCAUAGAUCUUGUGUCAAUGCGAAGAACUUUCAGCAAAGAUCUACUGAUACUCCACACCACAGCAUUUGUCGAAGUACUGAUUGCAAGUGUGUUCUCCCUGGUUAUAUUGCCCCCUUUUGGUAACUUUACUAUACAUAGCUGUCAAGUUAGGUCUAUAGCAGAUUGGUAUACUUUGUUCCACAACCCUAUGCCAAACUUUGAGAAGAAGCUAUACUGCACACAGGAAGCAGUCUAUCCCUUGUACACUAUUGUUUUUGUCUUCUACAUAUCCUGUUUGGUUGCGAUGCUAACAAUAAGGCCUUGGGUGUGUAGAAGAUAUUUUCCAAGGCAAAGCAAAAUGUCCAUUUAUGCAGCUAUGUAUUUCAUACCUAUUUUACUCAUAGCACAUGCAGUCAUUGGUGGUUUAAUAUAUUACUCCUAUCCAUACCUAACCAUCAUCUUAUCUGUGAUAUCUGUAGCAGCCCAUUUUGCUUCUAAAAUGGACCAAAGUGCAGCAGCCCUUGCUAAAGGCGCUGUGACUGACCCAAGGAACUUGGUCAUCCUCUUAGGGCAUUGGGGACUUCAUGCUUAUGGACUCGUCGCAGUCACACAGUUAAAACAGCCUCUUACACAUGCUCCUCUGUUGAUGUUGGUACCUCUCCCUACUGUGUUCUAUAUACUGACAGCCAGAUUUACUGAUCCAAAUGCAGUCGGUUUUUAACUUGAAUGGUUAGCUGAGAAUCGUUAUAAGGCAAAGAACUGUGGUUCAGAUUGUUUACUUUGUAUAGAAAAGGCAACCUUUAUGAAGAAGAUGCCCCAUCCUCAGUUUACCAGUUUGAGGUAGCAGAAUAUGUCUUCUGAAAGAUUGGUGUGGUUUGCAAACGUAUUGAGGCAAAAGUCUUGUAAUUUUUUUAACUUACUAGGAGCAUUGAGUGCUUUGGGUAUAGAAAUCACAUUUGAAAUGAUCACAAUUUAUUAUUGAAAAUUGAUUUUUAGAGCAUAAAAACAAUGUGCAAUGGAAUAAAAAUUUGAAUGAUAUCUGUUUUUUUUUUAUUGAAGCAGCCGUGCAGGCAGAAGCCUAAAUGCCGGGUCACCGCGGCUACUAUGAUGAUCCCAAAUAAAUUUUUAUAAUACGAUUUCUGAACUGCCUAAGGUUAGUAGAAAUGAGAAAAGCUUCCUCUGUGUAAGUACUUGAAUUUAACGUGUUUCAUCAUUAUUUCUGUAUAAGAUUGAUAGUUUAUUAUAAGAAACAAAAGUUGCUGUUAUAAAAUUAAAUCGAAAAACAAAUGUUUAUACCUAACUUAGUUAAACUGCCGGAAAAUAUGAUGUUGAAUAGUACUGAGCAAAACAUUUUUAAUCACUAGCUAUUAAGCUUUUCUGUUUUAUCUUGUUUUUAUUAGCCGACAAUAAAUCG